AGUUUAAGUUCUUUUCAUUCUUUCUCCAAGUAUUGUUGGCUGCAAAAGCAAAACGACAAGCAUAGGGAAGAUGGGGCAAUUGCCUUUACUUGUAACUGCUUUGGCAAUUUGCUUUGUAGCCAGCACUGUUGUUGCUGAUUACUCUUAUGGGUAUGCUUCUCCCUCACCUUCUUACAACUCCAAGAAGUAUUACAAAACACAAUCUCCACCAAAGUACCUAGUACCUACUCCUUACUAUAAGUCACCUGUUAUUGCAAAGCACUACUACAAGUCACCAGCUCCCGCAAAAUACUACAAGUCUCCAGCUCCAGUAAAAUACUACAAGGCACCAGCUCCUACAAAAUACUACAAAUCACCAGCUCCUUCAAAGAACUACUACAAAUCGCCAACUCCUUCAAAGAACUACUACAAGUCGCCAUCACCCGCAAAAUACUACAAAGCGCCUGCUCCCGUAAAAUACUAUAAGGCGCCACCUCCUGCAAAAUAUUACAAGUCGCCAGCUCCUGCAAAAUACUACAAGGCACCAUCUUCCGCAAAAUACUACAAAUCGCCAGCUCCCGCAAAAUACUACAAGUCGCCAGCUCCCGCAAAAUACUACAAGGCACCAGCUCCCGCAAAAUACUACAAAUCGCCAGCUCCCACAAAAUACUACAAGUCGCCAGUUCCCGCAAAAUACUACAAGUCGCCAGUUCCCGCAAAAUACUACAAGUCGCCGGCUCCUUCAAAGAACUACUACAAGUCACCAGUUCCUUUAAAGAACUACUACAAAUCGCCAUCGCCUGCAAAGUACUACAAAUCACCAUCCCCAGCAAAAUAUUACAAAUCGUCUGCUCCCUCUAAAUACUAUAAGUCACCGCCACCACCAAAAUAUUACAAGUCCCCAGUUUACUACAAGUCUCCACCACCACCAACUUAUUAUGAGAAAUCACCUUCGUAUUACAAGUCACCUCCACCUCCUCCAAAAUACUAUGAACAGUCACCUCCUCCAAAAUACUAUGAACAGUCACCUUAUUACAAGUCACCUCCACCCCCACCAAAAUACUACGAGCAAUCACCAUCUUCUUACAAAUCUCCACCUCCACCAUACUACAAAGAAUCUACACCUUCCUAUAAAUCACCUCCACCUCCGCCAAAAUACUACGAGCAAUCGCCUAUAACUUACAACUUGCCAUCUCUACCAAAAACCUAUGAAAAAUCACCAUCUUAUUACUCACCUCCACCACCCGCAAACUAUUAUAAGCAAACUCCCACCUAUGCCUCACCUCCACCACCUGAGAAGUACGAGCAAUCCGCUACCUAUGCUUCACCUCCGCCCCCAUCAGCAUCUCCUCCGCCAACCUACUACUAAUUUUAACUGUUCAAUCAUUUUCGCAUUUCCAUGGCUUAUUAUUCCUUUUUGUCCUUUUAUAUUUAGCAAUUCCAUUUCCUCAGCCGAAAUUUGAUGUAUGCUUCCCGAAAUGAUCGGGUUUGCUUAGUGUGUGUUCCAUUUUCUUUUGUUUUAAUAUUUGUAUUAUUUAUUGUUUGAUUUAAAUAAGAUCCUUGAGAUCUCCAUCAAUUC